AUGUUUGUCCUCAGAAACGUUGGCAAACUCAUCUUUGGAUCUAGCAAUCAAGAAUCCCUCAUCGAACUCCCCCAGGGACAGCUCUACCUCGUCCGCCCACUCUCGCCCAAGGGCUACUCCGAACUAAUCUUUAAAGACGCCGCCGCCCGAAUCCGACGAACCGCACAGGAUUUCCAGUACCAACUCGUGGUACAGAGAGUUUACGAGGAAGGCGAGGCUGAGCUUUUGGCCGAGGAAGAAGGAGAGGACGCCGAGAUCGACGCGCUUGCCGUCGCUGAGAGAGACGAGAAGACCUUCCUACUCGACGAGGCUCUCCACUUUCGCAUCGAGAUUAGAGAAGGCUCUGAGAAGGUUCUCGCCUGGAGGGAUCUGAGUGGUGACACCGGUGACGUCUACGAGUUUGUUUGCGACAACGUCGUGUCUUCCGGCCAAGUUGCGCAAUUCGAGCGCAUCGCAAAAGAGUGCCAGUACGAACGCAAGUACCGCAAGCCGCACACCACCGCCUCCGACUUCGACCUCAAGCAGUUCGAGUUCCAGGACGAGCACCCUAUACCCCCCGCGAGUCCGAUUCAUAGCCCGACUCUUGUACGGUCGAUAGAGGCAGCUGACGGCCUUUUCGUGCCGCAAAGCCCGGUCGGUACACCUACCAAAAAGGAAGAACAGUCCCUUGUCCAGACUCCUGUCAAGACACCUGGAAAGAUGCCCGUCACGCCCGAAAAGACAAGAGCGACUGGCCCGCCUAAGGCCGCCGAGGCCCCUGCAGCUCUCAGCACGUACGCUGCUGAGAGUGCUGAGCUGCACUUCUUCGAUUUCCCGUCGGGUUCUUUUGUCCAGCAGGACGGCUCUGUCACUGCCACCGUCACAGAGGUUGGCAAGUGGGAAUACUGGCUGCAGAUCGAAACCGAGGAUCGUGCAUGGCUUGGAAUUCCCAUCGUCGCCGAUAUCAACCCUGUCUUCAACUUCGAGUUCCUGUCCUUCAUUUUCAACCAGUUCUCUCCUGAUGGUUCGGCAUACUCUUGGUUGCUGCGAUUCAAGGACCAACCGACGCUGGAGCGUUUCCAGGACGCUUUACUCCGCGCGCUUUGGGAGCAGCUGAAUGAGACCAAGUGGGAGAAGAUCAAGGAGAGAGAGCAGGAAUACGUCACGGACGCCUUCAACGAUUUAACUAUGGAAGAUACCCCGGAGGAACAAGAAGAGGAAGAGGAAGAAGAGGACUACGAAGACGCCGAGGACGAUGCACAGCGCAGCGAGCACUACGACAGCGACGAGGAGGAGGAUGACGUUGAGACCAGAGACGAGGACGGCAACGUCAACUCCCAACUUGCUGUUGGCUACAAACAUGACCGCUCUUUUGUCGUGCGCGGAUCCAAGAUUGGUGUUUUCAAGCACACAGCAAACAACAAUCUUGAGUUCUCCACCAACAUUUCCAAGGUCGAGACUCCCAAGGGCACACUGUUCAGCCCGAAGAAGGUCAUGCUUCACAAUGAGGAUCGUAACAUGAUCCUGCAGAACGAGCAGGAUCCCAACAAGCUUUACCGCAUGGAUCUUGAAUACGGUAAAGUUGUCGACGAGUGGAACGUUCACGAGGACAUCCCCGUCCUCAACUUUGCACCGGAGAACAAGUUCGCCCAGAUGACGCAUGAGCCUACUUUCCUCGGUAUCUCGAAGAAUGCUCUCUACCGUAUCGAUCCCCGUCUGUCCGGCAACAAGCUUGUCGACUCGCAGCUGAAGCAGUACGUCUCGAAGAACGAAUUCUCGGCCGUUGCCACCACCGAGAAGGGUUAUAUCGCUGUUGCUUCCAACAAGGGUGACGUCCGUCUGUUCGAUCGUCUGGGUAUCAACGCCAAGACCCACAUUCCCGCUCUGGGUGAGGCGAUUCUUGGCCUCGAUGUCUCUGCUGACGGUCGCUGGGUGCUCGCCACCUGCCGGACGUACAUCCUGCUCAUCGACGCGAUGCAGAAGUCUGGCAAGAACGAAGGCAAGCUCGGCUUCGAGAAGUCUUUUGCAGCAACCGACAAGCCUCAGCCACGCCGUCUGGCCCUCACACCCGAGCACGUCGCUCAAUUCGCCCACGAGACCGGCAAGCCCGUGUCCUUCACGCCGGCGCGCUUCAACACUGGCGAGGGUACAGAGGAGACGAGCAUCAUCACUGCCACCGGUCCGUACAUUGUUGAGUGGAGCUUGAAGAAGGUCCUUCGCGGCGCCAAGGCUGCCUACCGCAUCAAGCGCUACGCCGAGGAGGUCAAGGCCGACGACUUCAAGUUCGGAACGGACAAGAACGUCAUCGUUGCCCUGCCCAACGAGGUCAACAUGGUCGGCAAGCAGGGACUCAAGCGUCCCACUCGCGAGAGCAUUGCUGGUAACUUUGCGCAGCUUAGCAUGGGUCGCAGGGACUCUGGACGCAUCGGCACGCCUAAGAGCGGUCGUUACAAGCUCGGCAAGGAGGACAUUGUGGCGUCCCCUUACUGA